AUGUAAUAACAUAUACCAUAACAAGACUUUGUUGAAUUAAAGAAGCAUUUAGGUUUCUUGUUGAAGACAGAUAUUAAUAUGAGUGAGGAAUAAGAAAUAUAAAAUGAUAGUUUUCAUCUUAAAUUAGAAUAAGAAAAAAUAAAAAAUGUUUUUAAAUAUCUUGAUCAAUGUAGCAGAUAAAAUUCCAUUUUAUUUUAGUAUUAGUAGUGGUAUGAGGAAAAAUCUUAAAAUCCACCCAAUAAACAAGAAAUUAUAGAUUUUAUAAAUAAAAGAAUAGCUUAAUAAUAUGUCCCUUAUAUGUUGCCUCAAUAAUAAUUUAACUAUAAUUAAGCUCCGAUCUAACAAAUUCCUCAAUAGAAUGCUUUCUAUAGUUAAGUUCCAACAUAUCAAAUUCCUCAGUAAUAUAAUCCCUAUAAUUAAGCUCCAAUGUAAUAAGCUUAUCAUCAAUACGAUCCAUUUGGCCAAGCUCCCUAAUACAAUGAUCCCUUUAGUUAAAUUCCCCAAUAUCAAUACUAGAACUAGAACUAGAACAUAUAUCAUUAAAAUAUCCAAGGGUAGAAUUCGUAGAUAAUCAAUAUGAGCAAUAAUAUCUUAGAUUCACCUUAAUUUAUAAAUUUACCACCCUACAAUAAUCAAAUUAGAAAAUGA